AUGGUGACAGUUCAAACCACCAUCAAGAAGUUAAUGGCAAUGCCGUACAUGGUAGAAAAGAAGUUGGAAAAUAAUUCGGCCGUUGACUUAGCCGAAUAUAUUAUGGAGGAUGAUUUUGAGGUUGAUGAUAAGUCAAUCUUCAACGAGAUUCAUUUGACACCAGUGAAGAUGGAUGAAUCCAAGGUUAAGGUUCAUGAUUCGUUAAUAGAUGCAAACUUGGGAACAGAUAAAGAUCCUAGACCAACAUUCAUAAGUGACUUAUUGCUUCUAGUCACUCCUACCAUUGGCCAAGAAGGCUGUUCACCAAAAGCUGAAUACUGCUGGAAUUGUAAUUCCACCGUCGAAAAUUACACAAGUACCACAACCUACAAAAACAAUCUCAACAGUCUUCUGACCUCCAUCUCCUCAGACACCAAAAACAGUUACGGAUUCUACAAUACGUCGUUGGGAGAAAACUCCAACAAAGUCAACGUAAUUGCUAUGUGCAGAGGAGACGUUACGCCGGACAGUGGCAGGACUUGUCUCAAUGAUACCAGAUACAGGUUAUUGGAGGAGUGUCCUAACAAGAAAGAAGCAAUCAUUUGGGACGAACGAUGCAUGGUGAGGUACUCCAACAACUCUAUAUUUUAUACAAGGAAAGACGACCCUCUAAAGACAUUACCGAGCCCAAAUGCAGCAGCCAAUCCAGAACAGUUCAAGCUGGUACUAAAGCUCUUAUUAGAUGACCUAAAAAUCAAAGCUGCUUCAGGUAAUUCUACUGCCAAGUUUGCAUUCGGAAAUCAUAACGUCACUAAUGCUGAAGGAAUAUUUGCACUUGUUCAGUGUAUACCUGACCUGAACGAGGGCGAAUGUAACGGUUGCCUAGAUCACGCUAUCUUACAAAUUCCAGACUGUUGUGGUGGAAAACAAGGGGGACGAGUUCUUACACCAAGCUGCAACCUUAGGUUUGAGUCAGGGCCUUUCUACAAUGAGCCUCAGGUCAAUUCAACACCGGGAAGUGAAGGUGGAUGUUCCAAAGAUGUCAAAUAUUGUUGGAAAUGCACUGAAGAUGGCAACUCCAACGCUAGUAGCAUCUUCAACCAGAACCUGAACACCCUCCUCUUCUCCCAGCUCACGUCUAAUACAGAAAUCGAUUACGGGUUUUACAACUCUUCACUGGGAGAAAACUCGAAUAAAGUCAAUAGAAUUGCACUGUGUAGAGGAGAUAUUGAAAUGGAUAUCUGCCAUAAAUGCAUCAACGAGUCGAGCCGCAGGCUGUUGGAUAAUUGUCCCAACAGGAUGGAAGCGAUCAUAUGGGAAGAACUUUGCAUGGUUCGAUACUCAAACAAACCUAUAUUUUCAGUAAUGAAAGAUGAGCCAAUUGUGAAAGCUCCGAGCCCGAAUAAAGCAAGGGAUCCAAAUAAGUUCAUGAGGGUGUUGAAACCUAUGCUGGAUAACCUGACUAGUAAAGCUUCAUCAGGUGACUCCCAGAGGAAAUUUUCAACGGAAAACGGAACUGUUCCUGGAUAUGAAACAAUAUAUGCACUUACACAGUGCACUCCUGAUAUAAGCAAGCAAGAAUGCACAGAUUGCCUCAAAAGGGCUACCUUAAUUCUUCCAGAAUGUUGUAAUGGAGUUCAAGGAGCUAGAAUUCUUAAACCCAGCUGUAGCUUAAGGGAGCAAGAGUAA